GAAGAUAUUACUGUUAUUUUACAAAAAUAAGAAAAUAGAGAUAAUGAUAAUCUUUGUCUCCAGCCUCAAUCCCAAACGGCUACUGCACUACACACUCCACAUUUCGGACCCGCAGGUCUGGUGGCGCCGCCCCUUAUCUCUACGGCUCGCGGCGAAGACAGAGAAAAUUCUCUCCGUAAUCAAUUCCAUCACUAAUACAUUACAUAAUAAUUGAAUCCCUCUCCUCGUACACUGAUUAUAUUGAUUUUUGCAGUAUUUUCUCACACCAGUAUAUCAUUACCAUGUCUGCUACUCCAUUUCUGCUGCAUUUCUCAAACGCCGUCGUUUCCUUCGUUUCGCUUCCAACCAAAGUUUCAACCCCGUCUACCUCUUCCACUUCUUGUAAAUAUAGUUUCAUCACUUAUUCUAGCUCCCCCAACAAUGGCAGUAGAAAAGUCGAAGCACGAAGAAUUCAGUGUGAAAGUGAGGAUUCAUAUGCGAAAUCAUCAGAACCGAUUCCGCAUUCUCGCUCAGCAGUUAAAGCUCCCACUGCGCCAUGGAUGACUGAACCUCUUUAUGUCAAGCCCAACGAAAUGGAAUCGCUGAAGCCGCGAACUAAAAAGGGUUUUGGGUUUGAUAGAGUUGGGGAACAUCCGGACGAGGAUUUGACCGGAAAGGUGGGGGGUGGAAGGGGCAGGUUAGCGAUGAAGAAAAUUUUUAAAGGCUUUGAGAAACUUCAGGAAACGCAGGAUUUAAGAACAGCUAGCAAAAACCAUGAAAAUCGUAAGUUCAAAUUUGCACCUGGGGACCUAUGGGGAAAUGGGGAUAAUGGAGGUGAUGUUGAAGUUGAGGAGAAAGGCAUGGCUGCUGAGGAGAGUUUGGAAAGUGAUAAGUUCGAUAUACGCUUGUUUGAGGCGGGGAAAGAAGUGAAAUUCAAGAAAUUUCCAUGGGAGAGGGAGGAGAAAAUGAUGAUCAAGAGGGCGAAGAAGGAGAAGGUAGUCACAGCUGCGGAGUUGACCCUUGAUGGAAUGUUGCUGGAACGGUUGAGAAAUGAGGCUGCAUUGAUGAGGAAAUGGGUGAAGGUUAUGAAAGCUGGGGUUACUCAAGCUGUUGUUGAUCAAGUUCAUUUUAUUUGGAGAGAUGAUGAGCUGGCAUUGCUUAAAUUUGAUGUUCCCUUGUGCCGAAAUAUGGAUAGAGCUCGAGAGAUUGUUGAGUUAAAGACUGGAGGGCUUGUUGUUUGGGGGAGUAAAGGCUUUCUUGCUGUUUAUAGAGGGUGCAAUUAUGGGUCUGGUUUGAAAAAUCUUCGAAAUAUGAAUUACAACUCUGCUGGUGAUCCUGGAAAUUCUUCCUCCAAUAUUGAUUACCAAAACACUGUAACUGUUGCUCGAGUAACUUCUGGUGGAAGUAACCCGAAUGAAUUGAUUCAUGGGAGAGACGGUAAAUGGGAAAAUUUACAGAUGGCAUCACUAUAUGAAAGAGAAUCCGAUAGGUUACUGGAUGAGUUAGGCCCUCGCUUUGUUGAUUGGUGGAUGCGGAAGCCUUUACCAGUUGACGGUGACUUGCUUCCAGCUGUUGUUCCAGGAUAUAAGACACCUUUCAGGUUGUGUCCGCCUUUCACUAGAGCAAAGCUGAUAGAUGCUGAGCUUACAUAUUUGAGGAAGCUUGCUCGCCUUCAACCAACUCAUUUUGUUCUAGGAAGAAACAGGAAUCUCCAAGGACUAGCUGCAGCAAUCCUAAAAUUGUGGGAAAAAUGCCAUAUAGCAAAGAUCGCUUUAAAGUGGGGAGUCCCAAACACGGACAAUGAACAAAUGGCUAAUGAGCUCAAGAAACUUACUGGAGGAGUUCUUUUACUGCGUAAUAAGUUCUUGAUAAUUCUCUAUAGAGGCAAGGAUUUCAUUCCCUCUGAAGUUGCGGAGGUAGUAGCUGAACGAGAAACAGAGCUCACACAAUGCCAACUUCGUGAAGAAGCUGCCAGACUAAAAGCAAGUGAAAGCUUCUCCAUAACCCACGAACAUUUAAUUAGCUCAGAUGUCAUGGGCACUCUAUCAGAGUUUCAUAGAUUACACUUGGAAAUUGGUAGCCUGAAGAAAGAGAAGACAGAAGUUGAUGUUGCACUGGAAGCUGAAAGGGAAAGAUUAGAGAAAGAACUGAAAGAUCAAGAACGAAAGCUCUUCAUUCUUAAAAAGAAGAUAGAGAAAUCCGCAAAGAUAUUAGUCAAACUGAAAAAUGAAUCAAGACUGUCUGAGGAAGAAUCAGAUCUGGAGAUUAUAUCCAAGGAGGAAAGAGUGUGCUUGCGAGAGAUGGGAUUGAGGAUCAGUAGCAGCUUAGUGCUUGGAAGGCGUGGGGUUUAUGAUGGUGUCAUAGAAGGAAUGCAUCAACACUGGAAGCACAGAGAAGUUGUUAAAGUGAUUACUAUGCAGAAAUCUUUUUCGCAGGUCAUGCAUACUGCAAAAUGUGUUGAGGCAGAAAGUGGUGGGAUCUUGGUUGCUGUAGUUAAACUGAAAGAAGGGCAUGCGAUUAUAGUUUAUCGUGGUAAAAACUAUAAACGACCUAAGUCAGCUGCAAUAAAUUUGCUGAACAAAAAAGAGGCAUUAUCCAGGUCACUGGAAAUCCAAAGACUUGGAUCAUUGAAGUUCUUCGCCAGGCAACAGGAGCAGGCAAUCUGUGAUAUCAAGCAAAAGCUGGAUGAGCUUUCAGAAAAGAUGGGUUGAUUGCUAAAGCUGACAAACAACAUGUGUAUUGUGUUGUGAAUCACAUGAAGUUUCUUUGAUGUGAAAUGGGAUAGGGCUCAGUCAAAAAAGUCAUGGAAUGCCUUUGAAGGCAUGCUCAGAUUUGUAUUCACGCUUUCAGCAAAUUUUGAGUUUUACUGAGUUUUGCAGUUCAAUGAUAAUCUAAUUACUUCUCCACUUGAAGUUGGCACUUGGCAGUAAACAAGUACCUACAGAAGAAAUGUUGGAGAUCUUAGAAAGAAUGAUUACCAUUGCCGAGGGUAAAGAGAGAGUUGCAUCAGAUCAGAUCAGCUGAUAUUCAAGACCUCGGGCAACCCCAACUGCAAUAUCGUACAUUUUCUUCCAUCCCAAGGAGCAAUUUGGAUCUGCAGAUUUACUCUUGUAGAUGAACUUGUCUAAAGAUUUGUUGGGCAUGAAUUCAUAGACUAGAGCCUUUUUGUUUCUCUCAUAGCAAAAUCCCAACAGAUUGACAAUAUUGACAUGGGAGGUUCUACUGAUGCUGGCGACCUCGUUAACAAAUUCUUCUGCAUUAUCAUGAGUUUUCUUUAAGACCUUCACUGCCACAAGCUGACCAUCAGGCAGUUUUCCUUUGUAUACAACGCCAUAUCCUCCCUGGCCUAGUUUUUCUGAAAAGGAUUUUGUUAUCUUUUUUAUUUCAUUGUAACUAUAUCUUUUUGGAGCCAGAGAUCCAUGCUUGAGUACAAAUUUGUCAAGACCCUGAUUGCACCAUCCACGUUGUCUUCUAGUGUAGUAGAUGGUGACAGAUAGUAUAAGUAGACCAAGUAUACCAAGUAAUACUCCUGCCAAGUGGUAGAAAUAGUAUAGGUUGCAGAAUUACACCAAAAUAGAUACUGAAAAAUAAACUAAACUACUUCUUAAUAACAGCUAAAAUAAUCAAUCAAAUUUGAACAACUACAUGUUAGACCGUGGCACACUUAUGUCAGAGGAGCAAGAGCAGUGGUGAAUUAUAGUGGCUGAGACGAUCCUGCUUUUAUGCUUUUAGGUAUUAGUAUUUAUUUGAGUCAGUUAUUGUUAUUUCUUAUUUUCAGUAGUUGGGCUAAGGGCUUGUACGUGUGCAUGGGCUUUUUUCCCUGUAUAAUUAGCAGUAGCAUAAUUGGAGUUCGAUCAUCUUGAUCAGAAUAUUGUUUGAGCAGUAUUUUGCUGUAGGCCUCGGUUGAGGAGUUCUUGUUAUUCAAUUAUUUUCGUUCUGUUUUCUUCGUGUUCCACCUUUACUCUAUCACUACACAUGAAGUUCAAUUUUAGCUACUGAAACAUAUAUGUAUAACAUGUGCUUUACAUGCAGUCCUAGUGAGAUUUGAGUACAAGAUUAUUUAUUCAGUAAUUACCUGAUAUUACAUACUUCUGCAGAUCAGUAAGCCCCUUUCUCUGUCCUGUAGAUCCUGUAAGAAAUAUAGCAACUGUGAAACCUCGGAAAUGCUUCUGCAAGCAUAAAUAUGAAAAGAUACGAUGAACUGGUUAUCAAUACGCGCACACACAAAUCUGGUAAGUUCUGAAUCAGAAAGAUGGUAUAAACUCUAAUGAAAAGAAAAGAAACGUAGAAAGAAAGUGGCACUAAAAUCAGGUUAGCUUGUCUGGAACAACUGAUCCUCUUGUCAGCCUUGCUGUUGUCAAAAAGAAAAGAAAUUGUGAAGAGUGAGAUAGUUCUCUAGUCUCUUGCCUGAAUAAAUAGGGACGGAGGAAAUUACUCUCACAAAAGCCAUGUCUGUGGCAUUUACAGAAAAUUUGCCAUAACUUAGUGGAAGCUUUUGCUUUCGACAUUCUCCAUCUUUAAAGAAGGCUACAAUACAGUUGCAAUCAUCUAGACAGCCCUGUUUGCAACGUUCUUCAGUGAGUCCUCUUGAAGCACUGUAGUAAUUGUCUUCCCAAGUUACAUUCCGAACGCUUGUCAUCUCAUAUUUUCUACUUAGAUAUGUGUCUCUGCAGUCAACCCUAAAAUUGGUGGUGCAGCCGGCGCUCCAUUCGCCUUCAUGAGCAAAACCAAAUCCCGGAAGGCAUCUGCAAUCAGCAUCUUCAUCUUUUGAUCGACUGUACAGUCGAAGAAUGCCAUCCCAAUCAAGCCUCGCAAGAUAGAUGGUCCCUAUUAUAUGGUUCCCUUGUGUGGUUAAAUUCAGCACGACAGAAAAUCCAUCGAACAAAUAAAGAUGACCAUCAUUUUCAAGAUUCAACGUGACGUUGCCAUGCCCAUAGGUAUUUGUUGAAUAGUAAGCAUCUAUUGCCGUGUCUAGUCCGUACACAUAGUACAACACAAGGUUUGCAUCAUAUUGCAUCCGGAGCCUGAAAAUUCCUGUCUUAAUGUCCGUCUCUGAAGCUCUGGAUAGAAGCAUCCCACCUGGUGGAAGGCGCUGUCCGGGCAGAAGGGAGUCGGUUGGGUGAUCGAAGCUCUGCCAAAUUACACUGUGAUUGGAAUUGUAGAGCACAAAGUUACCAUUGUCAUGCAUUUCUGCCCCUGCUAUAGGUUGGGAAGAAUUAUCAAUCCGAGAUAUUAUAUCAUGGCUAUCACUCCUCUGCAAGACCAGUCCAUCUUCAGUUAGCAGCAGAACAACGUUGUCAGGAACAAUGGGAUUCUCUCUGUUGGCUGUCCACACCACAGUCCUCUCCUUGAAGCCGGCGCAAAAGAUGCAGACGAUGUAGCCAUCCUCUGUGUUGUGGAACCCGAAGGCGAAAGUUCCAGAAUGUGAGACCCAAGAAUUGGAUGUGGGUGUUAAGUAAGAUGAUAGUUUGAUCAAUGAGUAUCCUUCUAGAGCUGCUGCUGAAAUGGCAGCAGAAAGGAAGAGAAAUAAGGCUAGAAGAGCAGCCAUUUUGGUUGUGGUUGAUGCUUAGGUAUGAAAUGAUUUUGCCUUUCAUCAAGAAAGAAGCCUUGGGUUUUCAAGGUUAUUCAUGUCUUAAUCCACUUCGGAAAUUACUAUCAACAUUUCUUGUAGAAAUUACUAUCAACAUUUCUUGUACAUAUACAGACAAAAGGAUAUCUUUGGUAAUAGCUAUUCUUGUCUUGCAA